GCCUCCUGCGAAGAACCCGGAAGAAGAAGUAGAAGAGUUACGCUGAGGGAGGCCGCCGGAAAUUGAAGGGGUUGUUGUUCGUCGACUCUGUGUGGUGGCUGGCGGCGGGCUCGGGGGCUUCAUCGUGGGUGGUUCGCCAUGGUGUGCGAGAAGUGUGAGAAGAAACUUGGCACUGUAAUUACGCCUGACACAUGGAAAGAUGGUGCAAGGAACACUACAGAAAGUGGUGGGAGAAAACUAAAUGAAAACAAGGCCUUGACAUCAAAGAAGGCAAGGUUUGAUCCUUAUGGCAAAAACAAAUUUGCAAUCUGCCGAAUUUGUAAAAGUUCUGUUCAUCAGCCAGGCUCUCACUACUGCCAGGGAUGUGCAUAUAAAAAAGGCAUCUGCGCAAUGUGCGGGAAGAAAGUUUUGGAUACGAAAAACUACAAGCAAACAUCUGUUUAAUUAUAUACUGUGAACUUUGUAUUAAUCAGUUUUGAAUUGAAAAACAUCUAAAGGUAUUUUUAGUUGGUAUUUUUAGAUAAAGAGGAAAAGCUCCUUCAGAGUGUACAUAGACUGACAGAGUGUACUUAGAUUAAAGUUCACCCUGACUUUAAAACUGGGUAUAAAAUGUAAUUUUCUAAUUGAUUCUUAUUCUAAAUUAGUAUAAGAGAGCUUUGGUCUAUCCUGGUAAUUUGAUCCGGUCAAAAUCACAAUUUGGAUUUUUGAUGUAUUGAUAUCAAGAGUGAUCUGUCUCUGGCGCUUAAUGUUAGCGUUAAUGUUAUCUGCUUGAAGCUUCAAAAUGGUAAAAUAAUCUGAGGGAAACUAAAAUCAGCACACGGUUUUUUAACCUUUUUCUUCACCUUCUGUCUACUCUGCUGUGUCAUGAAUGAGAGGACUUGUGAGACGCUGAAUCCGUUUGCAGUAGAAAAGCUGCUGGAGAAAUGUAACAGACGUUACAUUAUGUAAUAUAUAGAGUGCAUCUGUAUAUAAUAGAGAUAAAUCAAUGCCUAACUUGUGAUCCACCAAGCCAAACACAGCCUUCCAGAAGCUCAGCAAGUUCCUAGUUUUGCUGCCUGCAUAGAACUGCAGAAACAGGUGUUUUUUUUCAAAUAUCUGGAGGCAGGGGUGUAGCUAUAAUUGAGCGGAUGGGAUCAAAGAACCUGGGCCCCCCUGCUCCUAAGGGCCCCCCUGCUCCACCCCUCCCUAUUUUCUUCAUUAUCUCCCUCACUCAGAGGGGUCACUGGGGAGAGGGGUGAACACAUGCCCCAUCUCCCCUAGCUACGCCCCUCUCUGGAGGUAAUAAAACAUAAUAGUGGGUUUCCUUCCACUUGUUGGGCCCCAUGUUCCAAAGGUCUGGUGUAUAAUUGUAACUCUAUUACUUUUAGGGUGCAAUCCUAUUCACACUUACUUAGAAGUAAGCUCAGUUGAACAUAGUGGGACUUGCUUCCAAGCAAACAUAUUGGGCUGAAAUUUCCAAGUAAGCAUUUGUUGCACAGAAAUGUAUACUUGACUUAAUAAAUCUAACAUAAAUUAAGCCUCAUAGUGUAACAUUGGUAUUGAGGCAUUACUUGUACAUAAACUGUAUAUAAAGUUUGUUGCAUUAAAACAAACGAAGCUGCCUGUAUAACUUUGGAUUUAGUGCAUGUUUUAAUGUGUGCCAUUCUAUCUUUUUCAAGGUUGACUUAUUUCAUAUGUAUUAAAAAGAUCAUAUAUUCCUUUUA